UUUCAGCCUGGAUACAAUGGAAAUAAAUGAUGAGCACAGAUAGGAUAUCAUGGAGUCACAAACCAAAGAUGAAGUAUCAAAGGUAAUUGAAUACCUUCACUUGAGUCCCCAACUUCAGAGGGGCUCUAUUAGGCCCCAGCAUGGAAAAAGAGGAGAAGAAGAAGAAAAGGACUCCUUACCAUGGGCAGAUGCAGGGCCUCAUAAUGCAUCAAUACUGAGGACACAACAGUAUCAGUCUUAUCCUAAUCUGUCAGUAAAUGUUCCCAUGCUCAAUGUUCCCGUGAUGUGUCAAAGCAAUGCUGCAUUAUCAAAGGGAGGUGCUGAUUCCACUGUUAGCACUUCAGCUUGUACUGCAGAUUUCAAUCAUAUGGCUAACCCAACCAAUGGAAACUGUCUGCUGCUGCCCAUCAGUCCUCUUCAGAUUGUGCCUGGAAGUCCACUGCAUGUACUGAACAGUCCAAUUUUUUCUGUCUCUCCCUCAGGUCAACUUAGCCAGGAGGUCUUUAACUUCAACCCGUCCUUCCUGAAUUAUUACUACAAUGCCAACACCAGCACCCCAGCUGUCAGUCCGGGUUAUCAAGCAAAUAUUCCAGUGUCACCAAAUUAUUUGGCUCCUGGUUUACCACAGUUACCAUCAUCUCCUGGUUUCCUGACAGCAGCUGGUUAUUAUGCUGGCUUUUCUCUGCUUGGAGGACCCAGACUACCUGGCUCCCCAUUGCCACCACUUGGCCAAGCUUUCAUGCCACUUCAUGCAGCUGCUUUGCGAGGUGAUAAACAGAAGCUUGCUGAAUUACUUCAAGAGAAGAAUAUUAACCUUGAGAUACGUGAUCGCUGGGGUCGUGUUCCUCUUGUGUAUGCAGUCCUGGGUAACAAUCAAGAAGGAGUGGACCAGUUGCUGCGUGCUGGGGCUCGGCCAGAUGCUGUUGAUUCACACAAAUGUACUCCACUACACUUUGCUGGAUAUAAGGGUUACUUAGGGUGUAUUAAGGCCAUUGUACAUGCAGUAGAAAGCAGAGGACUUCCUCUCAUUGAUAAUCAGGGUGGGCUGUGGUUGGCCCAAGAUUUGCGAGGUGUGACACCUCUUCACCAUGCAGCACAUCACAACAACAGCAAGUGCCUUCAUGCUUUACUGAAAUAUGCUGCACCAGGAACCUUGGAUACUGUUGAUCACAAAAAGAGGACCCCAUUACACUGGGCAGCUGCAUAUGGCUCAGAGGAAAAUGUUCGACUACUAAUAAAGCAUGGGGCAAACAACCUUAUGCCAGACCAGGAAGGAAAAACACCUCUCCAUUGGGCUGCUAUAAGCAAGGCUGAAAGUGCGACAGCAUGUGUUCGGACACUGAUAGGUGCAGCACCUUCAAGUGUGAACUGGCAAGACUAUGAUGGGAUAACUGCCUUGCACUUAGCAGUUGCUGAAGCAAGAAAGGAUAUAGUUGAUGUUAUACUCUCUGUACCAAAAUGCAAUGUAGAUUUAACAGACAAUCAUUUCAGGACAGCCCUUCACUGGGCUUGCAACAGAGGACUGACAGCAAUAGUCAGCCGAUUAUUAGAACGUGGAGCUCAUUUAGGUGCAGUUGAUGUUUAUGGAGCAACUCCACUACAUUAUGCUGCACAGCUUGAUCAUGCUGAUACAGUGGAACUGUUGGUUAGGCGACCAUGUGUCCGGGAUAAUCCAUCAAAAGAAGGUCACACAGCCAUGUUGUGGGCAGCAGCACGUGGUGCUAAUUCAGCCCUCACAGUGAUGGCAAAACAUGGAUCAUCCUUAACUCAGGCUGAUCCAGGGGGAUGCACUGCCCUGCACAUUGCAGCAGGAUCAGGUCAUGUCUCCACUGUUGGUGUCCUACUGCGCCUGCGUGCACCAAUUGACAUAUGUGCUAAUGACGGCUGCACACCUUUGCUUCAUGCUGCACAAGGUGGCCAUGCCCAUAUUGUUAAAUUACUAGCAGAAGCUGGAGCAUCUCUUGAUCAUCGAGACAGUGAAGGUCAAUGUGCUCUGCACCAUGCAGUUCUUGGUGGACACCUCUACUUGGCCCAGAUUCUCAUAAAAGCAGGUACAUCUGUGAAUAUUCGAGAUUUCUCUGGACGCACUCCUCUUCAUAUGGCAGCAUACAGAGGACUGAGUGACAUUAUGUUCUUAUUAUUAGAAAAUCGAGGUGAUGUAAAUGCCAGAGAUCAUCAGGGUCAGAGUCCUUUACAUUGGGCAGCACAAGAAGGCCACUUAGGAGCAGUUAAUACACUACUAGAUUUUCGUGCAUAUCCCAACUACACACAGACUACUGAUGACAGAUAUACACCUUUGGAUUGUGCAUAUGUUGCUGAACAGUUGGAAAUUGCAGAAGUUUUAAUGGUGAAUGGUGGUCUGUCAGUUACAAGGAUAAUGGAAAUAGCAGCUACAAAAAUUCAGGCUGGUUUCAGAGGUUACCUAGUAAGGAAAUAUGUUGAACAAGAGCGGUUACACUUAAAUAUUGAAAAUAGCAAGAAGAAUGGUAAGUCCCCCGCCCAUCAGUAAUAUAAAACUGAAGAA